GAUAAUAAAGAUAAUAAUCAUUAUUAUAAUGACUAUAAUAAAAAUGAUGGCAAUGAUUAAAUUAGUGAAAAUUAUGAUAUUAAUGACAAUAAUAUUAACAUCAAUUUUAGAAAUCAUGAAUAAUAUUGAUAUUAAUAAUAAUAAUAAUAACAAUAACAGUAACAAUUAUUAUAAUGAUGGCUAUAAUGAUAAUAGCAAUAAUAUUUACAACAAUUAUAGAUAUCAUGAUAAUGAUAAUAAUGAAAAUAAUAAUAAGAAUGUUGAAAAUUAUGAAAAUGAUGAUGAUGAUGAUGACGAUGAUAAUAGUAACAAUAAUAACUAUAAUUGUAAACAUGAUAAUAAUGAUGAUAAUUAUAAUAAUAAUAACAACAAUAGUAUAUAAGAAUAACUAUUAUUAUUAUUGAAAUAAUAAUAAUGAUAAUAACAAUGAUGGGAAUGAUAAUGAUAAUGAUAAUAAAGACAUAAUAAUGAAUAAUAACAGUAAUAAUUUUAAUGAUAAUAACAGUAAUGAUGAUAAAGAUGAUAGUGAUAAUAUAAAAUAUGGUAAUAAUAGUAAUAAUGAUAAUGAAGAAUGAUAAUAGCAAUGAAAACAAUAAUAAUGGUAAAGAUAACAGUAGUGCCCGGCAGCGCACUCACCGACUCUAAGGCCGAUCUCGCUAGCACUGACAUCGUCCUCGGGCGCCAAGGGGUUGAGGCCGGGCCUUGACAUGCCGCAUGCCUGCCUCCUCUGUCACGGAGUAAAGGAUGCGAGGAGCUCUGCUGGUAGAAGCUUCGCUUCCACCAGCGGCGCGGGCGCACUCGCUGUGCACGCGCACGAGGCUGGUGCUUCACCUGCCAUUCGCGCCUCGCCCACUCGACUCGAGUGCGACUUCAUAAGCCGCGGCCAGUGCCGCACGAGCCGCCAGAGAGUGUUAACGAAUCAAUGUGAAUUGGUUAUGUUUAUGACCACAGAACGCAUUUAAAACCAUGUCUCGUUACUUGGAUGGCGUUGAAGUCACCAAGAAAAAUAAAUAUUUAUUUUCCAAAUACCGUGAAUAUGUACAGCCCGAAAUGCACAGUUAAACUGUGUAUUACCAGUUUUCCUAAGUAUCCUUUCCUUUAUUCAUUUUUUUCAAUUAUUCCAUUUCUUCGGCGCCGCUUCCAAAGUGGCAAUAUAACCCCUGGUGAGAGUAAUGGCGGUUAUUUUUUUUUGUCCCUCUCAUUUCACGGUUGUUCAGGUCCUUUGGCUUGUUUGGAUUACCGAACAAUUGGGUUGGUCUUCCGACACUUAUCCUCUUUCCGCGUCAUGUUUAGGGCAUGGCCUGGGGGUCCCUUUCGGGUAUAAGUACCCAUGGUUUUGGGGAGGGGAAAAAAGUUGUGAAUUUACCUCGCUUCGCGCCAGGAUUGAUGAAUUCGUGUCUCCGCAAAGUUAAAUAUUAUUUUAUGGCUGUGAGUAGGAGACACCUGGUCUCUUUUGGACUUUGGUGUGUGACAUGCUGCAUUACCAUCUGCAGGGUGCACUCUCUUUCACAAUAUCACAAAGUGAUAUCAAAGUGUCAGAGCAUAAAAGGACCACUUCACAUAGAAGGGACACUGCUUGAGGAUCCGUACCUCCAGUGUGCCAUUUAAAGUUUUAAACUGAGUUAUCACUUAGUUUUCUCUUCUCAGCCUGAGGAUUCGUACCUCCGGGGAGAAAGAUCUCGCCAUUUUUUCAGAACCAUUUUACUUUAUCUUUGCCUUUUGUCUUGAUUGAUUUCUGCCUGACCUUGUGGGUGCUCAGGCAGUCUUCGUGAUCUAUGCCCUUUUGGUGUUAUUUUUUUUAUCAUGUUUAACAAUUAGAAAUCAGUAUGUUUCCGUGCUGACACUGGGUAAAAAUACUUAUGGAGUUGGGACGCCAGCUUAUGUGCUUGUGAGUUAUUUUGAAGUACAUCUGGUGUUAGUUUUCACGUGCAUUACCCCGCUGUGAUAAAUUGGUGAUGCAAACCCCUUUAUCUAUUUUCUCGUGACUGAAUUAUUUGUAGACCUCCCUAGUGAGUGCCACUUUCUCAACAAAUAUCAUACCGCCGUAGAGCUUUCACUCCCAGUCAAAAGAGCAAAUGACAUUUGCGACCUCUUAAGUUCUGGUUCUGACCAUGGCUGAAUGCUUGAAACGUUCUUGGUCUCCUAAACAGCACAUUGCUGGUUACUCUAUCUCGCAACCCUGGAAGGCUGUAAAAAGGCUAGGUGAAUCGGAAUAUAUUAAGGUGAUAUUCUAUAAUAAAUCAUAACUUUUGCUAUACAUGGGUUCCCGCUUCCAGUAGGCGGAUACUCAGACCGAAGAGAAGAGGAAGAAUUCUAUGAUCUUGCAUUUUUCUUCCACACACGUCCACGCAGACGCUCAGCCUAUGCUAGCUCCCUUUUCACAUAUACACACUUAGACAUCCAACAUUCAGCACACACAUUCUGUAUUUUCCUUCCACCCUUCUCUUAUACAACAUUCACACCCCCAUACACAACACACACGGUUCCCGAACCUACUAAUCGGGUGGUGGCAGCGAGCCGUAGGCCUGGAACCUUGCAUCUGUUCACUGCAGACGAAUCGUUUCCUGAAUAUUUUUUAUUUUUUUUAAUUCUCUGUCGAGCCUGAACUCAACCAGACAUAUGAAAAUCUACUUGGUCUACGCCCCGCUACAAUAAUGAUAAUAAGAAUAAAAAUAUUAAGGAUGAUAAUGAUAAGGAUAAUAAUAAUAACCAUAAUAAUAAUAAUAAUAAUAAUAAUAAUAAUAAUAAUAACAGUGAUAAUAACAGAAAUAAUCAUAAUAAUCGUUAUAAUAACGAUAAUAAUAAUAGCAGUGAUAAUAGCAAAAAUAAUCAUGAUAAAGAUAGUUACAAUAACGAUAAUAAUAAUAAUAAUAAUAAUAAUUAUAAAAAUAAUAAUGAUAAUAAAAAAUAUGGAAAUAAUACUGAAAAUUAUAAUAAUAAUAUUAAAUGGUAAUCAUAAUGAUAAUAAGAAUAUUUCUAAUAGAAUUAAUAAUAAUGAUAAUUAUGAUAAUGAUAAUAAUAAUAUAAUAAUAAUGAUGAUAAUUGUAAUAAUAAUAAUAAUAAUAGUAAUGAUAAUAAUAACAAAAAAUAAUGAUGACAAUGAUGAUGGCGUGAUGAAGAUGAUAAUUAUAAUAAUCAUUAUAGUAAUAAUGAUAAUAUCUUUAAUAAUAAUUAUAGUAAUAAUGAUAGUAUCUUUAAUAAUAAUUAAUAAUGAUAAUUGUUUUAAUCAAUUUAUUACCCUCAUAGAGCGACAGACCUAAUACAAAUUGUAACUAGUUACAAAGAACUUGUGACACACAGAUCACACUGUGAAUCAAAAAGUAGAAAAAAAAAUGCACAAAGCUUAUAAAAUCUAGCACCCUUCAAAGUGUGGCUGUUGCGUCAGAAUUCUGUCUAAAUGGUCGUCCAUUAGCAAAUAUUUACUGGCUUCUAACGCCGACUGUCUAUGAGAUAUUAAGCAGGCGCAGAACGCCACGGCUGUUGGAGAGUGUUAGCAUUUGGAGAAUCACACAACUUGCACAAGGAGUACUGUGGGGCGUGCCUCCUUUCCUCACACUCGUCGGUGCCGAGCUUAAGGCGAGCGCUCACUACAUUAUGUCGGUGAACCAUAAGACCAUUGCAUCGGUACUUGUGUGGAAGAGAAAGAAAAUAUUCAUAGUAUUACGUGAUGACACUAGUAGCCUUCUCAGCAUUGCUACGGUGGCGAGUAGAGAACACAGCUUGGCGUAUCUUUUCUUGUAGCACGGGAGCGAUGCUGAAGUUGCACCAGCAGGACGCGGAUCCAAACUGCAGGCGUUCCUCGCGAGACGAUCAGCGUUGUCAUUUGCGAGAAGUCCUACGUGGGAGAGAAGCCACAAAAACUGCUCCACCUGCAAAUUCAGUUGACGGAGGAUUUGUGUGGCAACUUUCUGGCGUGCAGGACUGGCAGGUGAGAGAGCGCGGAGUGCAGACUCCACUGGGUGAUAGAUUCCACUAUCAUUUGGUGUCGGUCCCAAGCCCGGAUGAAUGCAGAGGGUUGCGACAGCUGGCAAGCGGCGUAAAGCCAUGCCAAAUCAUGAUGCGCGGAAACCCCCAAACCAUACUGGAUCGGUCGGGGCCCAUGAUAAAAACGACCGCCACUGUGGCUAUGGCCCAAUAGGUCUACGACGGAAGCUACGCUACUGUUGGGAGUGGUAGAAGACACCACAAAUGGAAGGAGGUGGAGGGAGUUAACGCGCUUUGGCGACCCCUAACAAGGGAACACGCCGAAAGGCAAAGAAGAAUUAUUAUUAUUCUCAUUAUUAUUCUCAUUAUUAUCAAUUUCCU